AUGGGGCGAGCGGUCCGGGGCUGCGCCGGGCCAGGACCUUGCCAUGGCAGGUACAACGCCCCGCUCUUGCGGCGUGGCCCCACCGGCCUUGGGUGCCGGGCACACACCCGCGUGGAGGGCAUAGUCCCCGGGCCACGUGCCAUGUUCACUGGCCGUACCACCCAGGCCACCCCCUUUCCCCACCCACCCAGAUCAGCGGUGCACCUCAGCCCUGCCACGCAGAGCCCCAUUCUUGAGCGUGGCAGGGCGCGAGCCACAGCACUGCCCUCCCGCCCGGCCCCACCCCACUCACGAGCCGAGCGACCUCAGGGACCGCGGCCCGCCAGUGGGCAAACGCGCCGGCGAUGA